UGGAAGAUGGGUCACCAGCAGCUCUACUGGAGUCAUCCCCGAAAAUUCGGCCAGGGUUCUCGCUCUUGCCGCGUCUGCUCAAACCGACACGGUCUGAUCCGGAAAUACGGCCUCAAUAUGUGCCGCCAGUGUUUCCGUCAGUACGCGAAGGAUAUAGGCUUCAUCAAGUUGGACUAAGUGAUCUUCCUUGAUCUUCCACGACAUGUACCUGGCUAUGGAAGCAAUGCUGGCUCUUUGUAUAUAAAAUAAAACCUAGAAAACUAAAAUUAUGAUUUUAAAUGUGAAUGGAAUAAAUUUGUUAUAAAA